AUGUUUUUCCAUCAAACUCACGCUUCAACAGAUGCUGACACGUCGGCACGAAGCUUACCACGGGCUAUUGUGUGUCACGAUGGAGAAUUACCGAAGUCGGCGGUUUAUGGUCCAACUGCUACCCUGAUGCUGCUGGACGAUAUAAACAAAUUACUCCCAUUGACCGAGGCCAGUGAGGCCAUCACUGAAAGGCCACACAAGAGAGCCAGAUUGGGCAAUUCGGAGUCGGAAUCUUUUGGCUCAUUGGGCCUGGCAGAUGGAAUCUAUGAAGCGUCUCGGAUACAAAAUACCGGAAACUUCAGGUUGCGCGAAAACGUCGCCAACAAACAUCUCGAUUCAUUUUUCGAGGUCGUUCACAGCAUCUAUCCAAUUAUCCCCGAGGACACAUUUCGCGGCAUUUGGCUUGGUUUCUGGGACAGUCCACUGCCAGCCGAGGAGACAACUGGCUCCCUCCAGUGGCAAUGCUUAAUGCAUUCAGUCUUAGCUUUAGGCGCCCUUUACAUGAAUACUCCCCAGGACGCCAAGUGGGCUGCCGGUUAUUUUGUUGAAGCUCAAAAGCUUAUUUGGUCAUUAUUUGACGGUGCCAGGUUAUUGACUGUACAAGCUUCAAUGUUAAUGGCUGUUUAUGCACACCAUACUUCGCAGCCCAAUGUGGCGUACAACUAUCUUGGCGUUGCCAUCCGUUUCGCUUACACACUAGGAAUCAAUGACAUGAAUGUGCCGAUGCCGGAUGGUGUUGAAUUUGAAUCUGCAGUCUCCCUUUGGUGGUCAAUCUACAGUUUGGAGUCUGAUAUUUGCCUUGAAUAUGGGAGAGCGCUCAGCAUCAGAGAAAGAGAUGCCAAAGCACCUUAUCCAUCAGAAGAGAUGUCGGAAGACGGUGAAAAUUUCAGCAAAUUUGUUUUUAUUACAGUCAUGGCAAAAUUCGGAAGGAUCUUGCGCAAAGUGAUUGACCUGGCCUCCGACAUUAGUGAAAGAAAGUCAAAUUUACAGUCCUUUGUUGGCCGACUUAUGAACCACCAGGCAGAGCUCAUGACAUGGCGAGGGGAACUCCCCGCUCAUUUAGCUCCGAAAGACAUCGCACCCACUGGAGACCCACAAGCAUGGGAUGAAAUUCCUUGGGCUCAGCAUCAACGUUGUGAAAUUGAACUACGUUAA